AUGCCAAGUGGAGGAAUUAAAGCAUUAAAGCAUCGUUAUGAAAGUGUCAUUCGUGUUCAUGGAGACUACUUUGCAAAUCCAAUUGCAAAGCCAUAUACACAGAGCGAAAAUAUCGAUUUGGAUCAGUUGCUGAACGAAUGCGGAGAAGUAUCGUUUGACAUUGAAAUCAGUGAAACCGAUGUAUUAAAAGCACUACAAUCGAUCAACAUGAAUAAGGGAGCCGGUCCAGACGGAAUUUCACCGAAACUACUGAAGAACUGUGCAAAAUCCUUGGCAACCCCGUUAACAGUGCUAUUUCGUAAAUCAUUGCAUCAAGGAUGUGUUCCAGAUGUAUUGAAAAAGUCGAGAAUAGUGCCAAUAUUCAAAUCGGGAAAAAAGAACAGUGCAUCGAACUAUAGGCCAGUUGUGAUUAUUCCAACAAUUGCAAAAAUAUUCGAAAUGGUAGUCUAUGGCAAAAUCAACACAUUCGUAAAUGGUAAAAUAAGCCAAAAUUAA